CUGGAGAUAGAUAUUGUUGUCAUCUAUUAAUACUGCUAUUGAAUUAGGGUUUUACAGCUUUGUUAUUCCGGAUUAACUUUCUUCAUCCUUUCUACACGUCAACCCAACUAUAAUAGUUUAACCUAGCAACUUCCGCUUGAUCGGAGAGGGGAGAUUAAACUUGUGGGCAGAUAUUUUGCUUAUAGAUUUAUCAUCGAUGGAUGCUCUUCCUCAACUUCAGGAAGUUUUGCUUGAAUUCAGAGCAGGCAAAAUGCUAAUGGAGGGAAAACGAGUUGUCCCUGACUCGCGAAAAGGGCUUGUUCGUAUAGGCAGGGGUGAGGAAGGACUUGUUCAUUUUCAAUGGUUGGAUCGUUCUCUUAAUGUUGUUGAAGAUGAUCAGAUUAUUGUUCCAGAGGAGGCUGUUUUUGAAAAGGUUAAUCAGUCAGCUGGGAGGGUUUAUAUUUUGAAAUUUCAUACAGAUGAUAGGAAGUUUUUCUUCUGGAUGCAGGAGCCAAAAGAUGACAAUGAUGCACAAUUAUGCAGCUCAGUCAACUUCUACCUGAAUCAACCACUUGAGUUUGCUGGUGAAGAGGAGCCUGAAGCUUCUGCUCCUUUACAAAAUUCUGAUGAUAUGGUUGAAGAAGACAUUUCAUCAAGGGCAGGAAAUUUGGUUGGCCCAAGCAUGGGUACUGAAGCAACUAGUGAUGUGACAUCUUCAGGACCUGUAAAGUUGGCUGAUCUACAAAGGAUAUUAAGUAACAUUGGAUCAUCAGGUGAAGCUGCAGAUCCAGAUGCUGGCUUGGGAUUAGCAGAUAUUUUAAGGCCUGAAUUUGUAUUACCAUUGAUUGAGGAAAUACCACUGCAACAACAACUAGCUACAUAUUUACCUGAGGGCCAAUGGAAUCCGGAGGAAUUGAUUGAAUUAUUGCAGAGCCCACCAUUUCGCCAACAAGUAGAUUCAUUUACUUAUGUGCUUCGGACCGGACAGGUUGAUCUGGCUCAAUUCGGAAUUGAUCCUAGUAAAUAUAAGUUCACGGUUCCAUCUUUUCUGGAGGCGCUCGAAGAUUCUGUUUCUGGAACAUUACAAUCCAGUGAAUCAAGGCAGGAUGAGGAAUUGAGAUCUCACACACAGAGCAGUAGCGAUCCAAUGGAUGAAGAUCGUCAGUAACUAUAAAUUCAAUUGGAUUCAUACUACCCCCCCCCCCCCCCCCCCCCCCCCCCCCCCCCC